UUUUUAUCGAGCGUUGGUCUUCUCGUGUUCUACAUUUGGGCUAACUAUCAAGAUAACAAUAUCAUCAAGGAAGAUGAUGCUGUUUAUCAGCAAUAUUUCGGCUGGGCUGUAUAUAUGCAAGCUGUUGGAACGGUUUUACACUUCUUGGCCUCAUUCCUCGGCUGUAUCGCCACAUCAACCGCUUUUCAUAAAGGCAAAGCAAAGCUGGUCAAAAUAGAGGUCGUCGAUACUGAUAGUUCAUCGUUACUCGACACUAAUCGAUCGCAACAAUUCAAACGCUCAUUCUCGGCUGUUUAUAAAGUUGAUUCAGCUGCACUCCGUCGAUGGGAAAAAGAUUAUAUGAGCAAGCUGAAAACACAAAGAAGUUCGAAUGAGGUACAUCUUCGUAGCAAUGCUCGGUUUCCUUCAGUCCUCGUGGAAAACGUCAACGAGAACAGCGUAUGCANNAGUAACCAUACGUUUACCACGAAUACACUCAGUUCAGCGCACGAUCCGAUCACGCAAUCAACUCCCAAGUCGGCUUUGAAAUCAGCCCUAAAACCACCCGUUCCUAAUCGACCACCUGUGAACGAUCCUGACUUAACGUAUGAGUAUUUACCAUGCGAUGCUGCAUCCUACGGUAGAAGCCCGCAUCCAUCUGAAUGCUACGGUGCUCGUCAUGGAAUCGCAGUCACGAACAGAGACAAAAAUUUUGAAUCGGUCAUCUCAGUUCCAUCGGUACCAUUUUUGGGAGUAGCACUGAGUGUGAGUGCACAGAAAAUCGUCUCUGCACAUAAAAUUGCGCAUUUCAGAAGUAUGCCUCAAAAGACUGCCAAUCCAAAACCAACGUCGAUAAAUGUCUACGAUAGAGUAUAUGAACAUAUCUCACAAACCAGCACAAACGCUCCUGACGACUACGAGCAACCGAAUUCUUUUAAAGUUCGGAAUUCGAUGUCAAGUUUUGGUGAUGAACUCGCUUGUACACAAAAUAUUCUCAGGCCAAUAUCGCCAUUAAACGGCUCAAUCAAAAGUUUCGAUGUGAUGCGAUUACCACCAAAAAGUACUCUCAUCGACGAUGUGGUUAGUGAGCGACCAAAUACGGCCGAUCCAAGCCUCACUCUAGACAGGUGCCAAGCAGAUUCACCGGAAUUUCGUACGUCUGCAGAAGUUUUGCAGUUGAGAGGUGCCAACUGGCGAGCGGAUGAGAAACGAGAUCAAUCACGGAAGACUACUGCAGAAUAUCGCGAAGUGGUUAAAAAACCAGUCGUUCCACCAAAACCGAAGGCAGCCCCGCGCAAACCAGCAAAUGAUGCCGAGAGAAAUAUAACGGACUUUGCUGUGAAUCGAACAGAUAGUUGUCACUAUACAAACCCAGUGAAUGGACAACAAAGUAACGAUAAAAACCAGUCAGAUGUUAUCAGUAUCAAUACAUUCAAUGUUGGGACAUUCGCGUCNAAACAGGGACAGAGGUCAAUAACGAAUCUCACGUUCCGUCCAGAAGGAAGCGCAAAUAUUGAUGCAUUCAAUCGUCCAGACUCAACCGAUCUGAGUUCGCUGAAUAGUUUCGUAAUUCCGAAAAAAUCAAAAGCAGAAUCUAUGGUGAAAUCGGUUCUUACAAAAGCAAACGAAGGAAACAUUGUUCACAAUGGCAACUCGACAGCAUAUCAGAGAAGUUAUAUUGGAGUCAUACCGGAUGAAGUGGAACGAUCGGUGGGUUCAUCGACGAUGCUCGAGAGCGACACUUUACAGAGUCAGUCACCAACAAGCUAUCUGAAAGAGGCUGAUUUACGUUUGAAUCUAUUUAUGAAUGGUGGCAAUGUUAUUUGUGGUGAUAAUUCAACAGCGCUAUCCUCGUCGCUAAAGGAAAGCAGUGUGACGACUGUGUGA